CCGUAGCAGCUGAGACUUGUCUGUCAUUACUAACAGCUAGACCGUUUGACUGACUAACUCCAUUUGGUCUGCUUUAGUGUUGUGGCCAGGGAGGUUGAACGAAAUCAAAAUAUAUACGGAAAUUAGCAGACUGCCGUUAAAUAGCCUGCACCUGUUAUUUGCUAACGUUACAUCGAGGGGGCUAAGUUAGCGACUGUUAGCUCACAUUAGCCAAUUGUGUUACUUUCUGACCCUGCUGCGUAUCAUAGCAAGGUUGUCAACAUGCAGUGAGUAAUGCACCGAGUGUUGAUAUUAAUAAUGGCCACCUGGGGGGCGCAAGGAUGCCCCAAUUCGGAGAGCUGUACGACGCUGCCGCCCAAUUCCACCUCCAAGGCCUACUGCUACGCGGCCCGGAUUAGCAGCACAGUGCUCCAGGGCUUGCCUUUUGGUGGGGUGCCUACUGUCCUUGCCCUUGACUUUAUGUGCUUCUUGGUGCUGCUGGUUGUGUUCUCCUUCUUGAGAAAAGUAGCAUGGGACUAUGGGCGCCUCGCUCUGGUGACUGACGCUGACAGCACGGGCUUCUUCUGUGCGAGUGCGCCGCAUGAGCUGCACAGACAGGAUGCUUACAGGGAGAGUGUGGCCUCUGCCUUGACAUCAGAUACACCAGAACGCUAUGAGCGUCUCACUUCAGUUUCCAGCUCUGUGGACAUUGAUCAGAGAGACACAGGCUUUUGCUCCUGGCUAACUGCCAUCUUUCGCAUCAAGGAUGAAGAGAUAAGAGAAAAGUGUGGCGAGGAUGCAGUAUAUUACUUGUCCUUUCAGCGCCACAUCAUUGGCCUUCUGGUAGUGGUGGGCGUGCUGUCUGUGGGCAUCAUCUUGCCUGUUAACUUCUCGGGAAACCUACUUGAAAACAAUGCCUAUAGUUUUGGGCGAACCACUAUUGCAAAUUUGGAUGCAGAUAAUGCACUACUGUGGCUACACACCAUCUUUGCAUUUCUCUACCUGUUACUGACGGUGUACAGCAUGCGACGGCACACCUCCAAGAUGCACUACAAGGAAGAUGACCUGGUGAAACGCACUUUAUUUGUCAAUGGAAUCUCCAAAUAUGCAGAGGAGACUGAGAUAAAGCAACACUUUGAGCAGGCGUAUGAAACCUGCGUUGUACUGGAAGCUCGUAUCUGUUACAAUGUGGCCAGGCUGAUGUAUCUCAACUUUGAAAGGAAGAAGACCGAGCGCAGCAAGAAAUUCUUCCUUGACCUGCAGGCCAAGGAGCAUAUUACCACCAUGAUCAAUCCAAAGCCCUGCGGACACCUUUGCUGUUGCAUCAUCAAAGGCUGUGAGCAGGAAGAGGCAGUAAGCUACUAUACCAAGCUGGAGGCACAACUGAAAGAUGACUACAGGAAGGAGAGAGAAAAGGUGAACGGGAAGCCCUUAGGAAUGGCCUUUGUCACCUUCCAGAACGAGUCCAUGACUGCCAUAAUCUUGAAAGACUUUAACGCUUGCAAGUGUCAGGGCUGUCAGUGUCGUCAGGAGCCCAAAAGCUCUCAAUUCAGCGCCAAACUCCACACACAGAACUGGAGUGUCAACUACGCCCCUGACCCCCAAAAUGUCUACUGGGAGCAUCUGUCAGUGGGAGGAUUCUCUUGGUGGAUCCGCUGCUUGAUCAUCAACCUUGUCCUCUUCCUCCUCCUCUUCUUCCUCACUACCCCGGCCAUCAUCAUCUCCACAAUGGACAAGUUCAAUGUUACCAAACCAGUGGAGUACCUAAAUAAUCCAAUCAUCACCCAGUUCUUCCCCACCCUCCUUCUGUGGUCCUUCUCCGCCUUACUUCCUACUAUUGUCUACUACUCUGCCUUCUUCGAAGCCCACUGGACCCGGUCAGGAGAAAACAGGACCACAAUGCAUAAAUGCUACACUUUCUUGAUCUUCAUGGUCCUGUUGCUGCCCUCCCUGGGACUCAGCAGUUUGGAUGUUUUCUUCCGCUGGCUUUUUGACAAAAGAUUUUUGGCAGAUGCUAAAGUGAGAUUUGAGUGUGUGUUCCUUCCUGACAAUGGAGCCUUCUUUGUGAACUAUGUCAUUGCGUCAGCAUUCAUUGGUAAUGCCAUGGACCUGCUGAGGAUUCCCGGUCUACUUAUGUACAUGAUCCGCCUCUGCCUGGCUCGCUCUGUAGCAGAGAGGAGGAACGUCAAGAAGCACCAAGCCUAUGAGUUCCAGUUUGGGGCAGCUUAUGCCUGGAUAAUGUGUGUCUUCACUGUGGUGAUGACCUACAGCAUCACCUGCCCAAUCAUUGUUCCCUUUGGGCUGAUGUACAUGCUGCUGAAGCACCUAGCAGACCGGUACAACAUGUACUACGCCUAUCUGCCAUCCAAACUGGACAAGAAGAUCCAUUCUGGAGCGGUCAACCAAGUGGUGGCUGCUCCUAUUCUCUGUCUCUUUUGGCUUUUGUUCUUCUCCACUGUUCGCUCUGGGUUUUCAGCUGCUACAUCCAUGUUCACGUUCAUAGUUUUGGUCAUCACAAUCAUUAUCUGCCUCUCUCACGUCUGCUUUGGACACUUUAAAUAUCUCAGUGCUCACAACUACAAGAUUGACACCCAAGACGUGGACGGGUUGGAGAAUGGGCGUCCAGUGUGCACUUCUUCCGCCAUCAAGGCAGCACAAAUGUACAUUGCUGAGGUACUUCAAGACCCAAAUUUAGAGGAGGCUGGUUCAGGCAGUGGCGAGGACGACGGCCAGGGGUCCUCGCAGGACGAGGAAAUAAUUAAUGUCGAAAAUGGCCUGAAUGAAGACUUCCAGUCUGGUGAGGACAGCCUCAUUGAUAAUGAAGUGCGGCACUGAUACUGUCUGGAACAGAAAAAGAUCCCCUAAGUUUAACUUGAGGAGUGCACUGAAUAUGUGAAUUAAACUAGGAACUGAACCAGCAGUUCUCCAAAGCAUCUCAACCUCCAUCGAGGGACUUUACACUAACAUAAGCACAGUCUACUAAGGAUCGAAUGGAUUGUCGCUCAAAGACUCCUGCAUUUCUUUCACUGGAUCUCACCAAACCACAUCUUCUGUCUGUGUUCCUGCAAAGGGGAAUCGACUCCUGACAAUGCAAGGGCAGCAACAUACUUCUGCCCCGAUAUAGCUGAGGCACACCCCAAAACACUGCACAUGGACCCAUGAAAGAAAGACACUAAUGUGCAAAUGAAGAAUAGUUUUCCUGUUUUGUAAGGGGAGUGAUAUUUUGUCUGUAUUUCCUUAACAUUAUUGCACUUGAAAGAGAGAACCUGUCCUAUAAGCUCGAGUUUCAAUAAGGUACUGUAGUACAGCAUGCCUUCAAGUUUAAAUGGUGGAGGGAUUUCCCUAUAAUCCUUUGCCAGCAUCUCUAAUUGUCUGCACUAACUGCUUCCCCUGAAUAAGCUGGUGUGAGUUUUCCACACCACCAGACGGCUCGGUCCGUGCAGAUGUGAUGGUCUCAAAAUGGUUCUUCCAAUGUCAUGAAAGCCUUAAACAAAAAAACACAAAGAACAAGAAAAAAAAAAGAAUUGCUACUAACACUCCUGGACGCUUCGACACUGUACAGCUACAAAACUCUGGAUUUGUAAAAUAGCCUUUUUGACAUGGUAUUUAUUUGUAGGCAUUGACUUUUAAAUGCUAUCGAGCUUGAUACAUCCCUAAACUGUGGAAGAAGAUAAUUCAUAUCUUGGCACACUACAUUGAUAAUGAUCUUUUUGGGGUUUGGUCUCUGAGCCUUUGUUGGGACUGCUGUUGGACUGCUGCUACUGAUGCUGCCCCCAGUAGGGGGAAGUCCUUGACUGGAGGACAGGAGCCUGCUGAUCCUUUUGUGUUGCUCAGAGGAUGGAGAAGAGAAAGGCCUUUUGGGGUUUUUCUGGCUCAGCUCCAUACGAUACUCAUUGUGACUGGUUAUCUCUAUCUGUUGUUUUCAUUUGUAUCUUUUUGUCCAUAUGUUUACGUCUUCAUGUAGAGAUUUUGAAAUUAGCAUUCAAUGUAGGUGGCUACUGAAUUUUUUUGCGAAUGAGCUAAUCUAUAUCUAAUCACUCAGUCCUCUUCCAGGUUCUCUCCAUUUUCAUCAUGCAGGUAGUGCCGAUUAAGUGUUUAUAAUGAUUCCCGAUCAGCCAUAUGAAGCGGCUUCUUUUCAGGUAUCAGGAAGACUAAAAACACAUAAGUAACAUUAUGAUGUGAAACAAAGUGCCCACACAGUUAUGACGUUACUCAGGAUUUAUCAAAGCUUCUUGUUUCUGUCAUUUCAUUUCUUCCUUAGUCAAGACAACACUAUGAGCUGCCCCAUUAAACAUAGAGAGGAUGGUUGGUAAAGCAAGGCAAAGAGCUGCAGACAAAGUACCACUACAGUCUGUCACUAUGGACCAAUUAUUGUUAUUGGGCCAUAAUAU